GCUCGAGCGCAAGGGCCCCGAGCGCCCGUUUCUCGUCUUCGGCAGAGCUUCGAGGAAUUUGGCGGACGGGGGCUCGGGGACGUUUGCUGAGCGCCGUCGUCGUGGGAUCAGAAUCGGAAGUCAGUCGGUCGACCGAUCGAAUUUUGUUUGAGGAAGGAUUGCGGGGGAAGGAUGGCAGCCUCGGCUUGUUGUGGGAGCAUGGCGACAUUUCAAGCCUGCUGUCAGCCCACGACGGCGGGAGCUCGGGGCGGAAAAUUCUCGGGAAAUUUGCAGAGCGCUCUGCUGCCGAGCACCGCGAGGUUCAGCGUCCGGAGACGAGGCGCAGCUGUGGCACAUCGGGCGGGAGUGGCGACUGCCGAAGUGAGGUUCGUGGGCGUCGAGGAGGCGAAGCAGAUGGUGGAGAAAGACGGAUACACUGUUCUGGACAUCAGGGACAAGUCGCAGUACGAGCGAUCCCACAUCGCGAAUUGCGUGCACAUCCCUUACUUCAUCGAGAAUACCGACAAUGACAUCGGCACCAUCAUCAACCGUCAGCUCCAUAACAACUUCUCCGGUCUCUUCUACGGUCUCGCUUUCACCAAACCCAAUCCCGAUUUCGUCCCACAGGUGACCUCGAAAUUCUCCAAGGAUAGCAGCAAACUGCUUCUCGUGUGCCAAGAAGGGCUGAGAUCAGGGUACGCAGCUGAGAGACUGGAAGGCGUGGGAUUCCAAGAUGUGGCCUACAUCAACUCUGGAUUGAACAAAGUCGCUCCCGGCGUUUUCCCCAAGGAAGGCGAGAAAGAGCUUCAGGAUGCAGGCAAGGGUGGGCUAGUCACAAUCCAAGGACCUGUGUCACGCGUAGUUGGUGCCAUUCUUGUUCUGGCCUUUCUGUUCUUGCAGUUCUUCCCUGAUCAAGCCAACGAGCUCUUCUUCAAAUCCUAAUGAUAUGCUUAGUUACUGUCCCCAUCCGCUUUGACUGUAAUCUCCGAUGAGAGUCCAGUUUUGCACUUGUAUCUUGAGUCACUUUUACAAGAAUUUGUAGAUGAAAGCUUCCUCUCAUUACAGCGAGUAAAUUUUAUCGACGAGGAGCUCAGAGCACCCAGUUCCCAUGUUCAAUACUUGUACUAAUAAGAAUUAUUGUUGCA